UCAGGACCGGUCAUCUCAGGUUCUCUCUCCUUAGGAAAGAAAAACCUGGGAGGGAGAGAAAGCAGAAAAACAAUAGAAGAAAAAGAAAGCCAAUUAAUUCUCUAAAGCGGAAAUGAGAAAUUAAGAAAAAAAAAAUGAAAUUUAAAUAGGCAGGCGGAGGAAGACACGAAGAAGAGAACCCAUCUUUUCUUCUCUUUUGCUUUGGGGUGGAAGAGAAGAGGAGGCAUUUGGUUUGGUUGGGUUCCCCGGUGUAAACUGUUUCUCUCCCCUUUUCUUUUCUUCCCCAGUUCCCCUGACCUGAAUCAAGAGGCGGAAAGAUUCUCUAAGCGAGUCUAAGGGGAGGAAGGAAAAGAGGGAGAGGAGAGACGGAGAAAUUGCUAAAGAAAACCUCAUUUUCGCGAGCUUUCGUUUCUAGGUGUGUGCAUGAGAUAACCCAGAAAUCAUUGGGUGGGGAGCAGGUUUUGGGGUUUCUCGCUAUUGGAUCUCCGAUUGAUGACGAUGGCGAUGGAGUUGGAUAGCAUUGAGUGCGUCUCUUCCUACGAUGGUUUGGAUGAGGAUGAGAUCCCUCACGACCAUCACCACCAUCACUUCUCUUCCGCCAAGCCCCACAAUGCGGCUGCCAACAACAACGCCCGCGGCACAGGUAUCCCCGGCCCCCCUGCCAUUGCUCCCGCCAACAGCGUUCAUGAGUUGCUAGAAUGCCCCGUCUGUACCAAUUCCAUGUACCCGCCCAUUCAUCAGUGUAGCAAUGGACACACGCUCUGUUCGACUUGCAAAACCAGGGUACAUAACCGUUGCCCGACUUGUAGACAGGAGCUUGGAGAUAUUAGGUGUUUAGCACUUGAGAAGGUGGCAGAAUCUCUUGAAUUUCCUUGCAAGUUUUACAAUUUGGGGUGCCCAGAGAUAUUUCCUUACUACAGUAAACUCAAGCAUGAGACAGUUUGCAACUUUAGACCUUACAAUUGUCCAUAUGCUGGAUCUGAAUGCUCAGUUGUUGGUGAUAUUCCUGCCCUUAUUUCUCAUUUAAGAGAUGAUCACAAGGUAGACAUGCAUACGGGUUGCACAUUCAACCAUCGCUACGUGAAGGCUAACCCUCGUGAAGUUGAGAAUGCCACUUGGAUGUUGACGGUAUUCCAUUGCUUUGGCCAAUAUUUUUGUCUUCAUUUCGAAGCCUUUCAGCUAGGGAUGGCUCCAGUUUAUAUGGCUUUCCUGCGUUUCAUGGGCGAUGAGUCUGAGGCUCGUAAUUACAGCUAUAGCCUCGAGGUUGGAGCAAAUGGGAGGAAGCUCAUAUGGGAGGGGACUCCACGAAGCGUAAGAGAUAGUCACAAGAAGGUGAGGGAUAGCCAUGACGGUCUAAUUAUUCAAAGAAACAUGGCUCUCUUCUUCUCCGGCGGGGAUAGGAAGGAACUAAAGCUGAGGGUUACUGGCAAGAUUUGGAAGGAACAACAGAAUUCAGAAGCCGGUGUGUGCAUACCAAACAUUUGUAGCUAAAAAAAAUAAAAACGUAAACAGAUUAACUGUAAUUUUUUGGACGAGUUCAGGAAAAUUGUGUGUGGGGUUGGUACACACUCUUGUGUGUUGUGUUUUGUGCAAUUCUCAUGAUAUGUGGUGGACUGAAAAGUCAAAUUUUCGUUGUCUUGGUAAGUGUUGUAUAAAUGAAAGCAACUCGUCUUCCUUGCUACAGUUUGGCUGCCACUUGAUAUUGGACCCAGCUUCUAUAUCUCUCGCUACAACUGUGUUGUCUAAGCUUGAAGUUGCCUUCGUUGAGAGGGACCUAAUUUCAUCCCUGAGCCGGGUAACAUUUCGGUCCACACUUGGACAUUAAGAUCCAUCCGAAUUGAUAUUUGGAUGAAACAGUUGAGAUGAAAUUG